GUACGUCCCUUCUCAGGCUGAUAUAGCAGUCUUUGAAGCAAUCGCUGCCCCACCUCCUGCAGAAUUGUUCCAUGCUCUUCGCUGGUACAAUCAUAUUAAGUCGUAUGAAAAGCAGAAGGCAAGCUUGCCAGGAGUAAAGAAGGCGUUGUCGAAAUACGGUCCUGCUGAUGUUGAGGACACGACAGGUGCUGCCACAGAUAGCAAAGAUGAUGAUGACAUUGAUCUCUUUGGAUCUGAUGAUGAAGAGGAAAGUGAAGAAGCAAAGAAACUUUUGGCCCAGUAUGAAUCAAAGAAGUCCAAAAAACCAGCUGUUGUUGCCAAAUCAUCACUCUUGCUUGAUGUGAAACCUUGGGAUGAUGAGACAGAUAUGGCCAAACUAGAGGAGUGUGUUCGAAGCAUUCAAGCAGAUGGCUUGGUCUGGGGAUCUUCCAAGCUAGUACCAGUUGGCUACGGUAUCAAAAAGCUUCAGAUCCAGUGUGUUGUUGAAGAUGAUAAAGUUGGAACAGAUAUGCUGGAAGAGAGAAUAACAGCUUUUGAAGAUUAUGUACAAUCAAUGGAUGUAGCUGCUUUCAAUAAGAUUUAAGUCUUGAUAUAUCUAGAAUAAACGUAAUUGCAAAAA